AUGGUUAUGGGGGACAACAUUGCCACAGGAGAGAAAGCUGGCCAGUUUGAUGGAAAGCGUAUGCAGGAUUUAGAAGGAACUCAGUCCACCAGGGAUGUACUUGAUGAUAAUUUCCUUGGAGAACGUGAUCAAAAAGAUGCAAGUGAUGAUUAUUACGACGAAGUGAACAAUGAAGAAACCAAUAAUAGUGGUCGUGGUUACUAUGGCCACUCGGAUGAUUCGGAAGCGGCUGGGUUGACAAGAAAUGACACCAUGGGCCAGCUUCCGCCGCUCGACAGUUUUAUAUUCCCAGAUUCUAGGGCUCUGUUCUUGUUGGAUUUGGGCAACUAUGCCGAUUUAACUUAUGAAGAGAUUAUCAUACAUGGGUUUGAAAUAUACAUAGUGGAACAAUGGGUGGCAUGUAGGAAUUUGUCAACAUUGAUUACGUCAUAUACAGGAAAUACUCAAGAUACAAUAUCGGGAAUCAGGGUCGUUUUGCCAAAGGAUACGAGUAUGUGGCCUGGGAGAUUUAGGCAAUACUUUGAGGAGUUGAUCGAGUUUGCACUGCCAAAAUUUACACCAAAGGGCACUCUUUUCAUUACCAAUUUAUCAGGUGUGUCCUUUGGCUUGAACCUGUUGCAUGUGGAAUGUGGAGAUUUGAGGACAAUCUGGAAGGAUUUUGAGGUUAAUUUUGACUUGAAAAACUUGCACUGUGGGGGGAGGUCAGCAAACCUAUUAUGCCCUCCAACUAUGGCAUCGCUUGAUAAGUUUUCACAACUGUUCAAAAUCCCUACAAAUGGUUUUAUUGCACAAUAUCCCCAAAUGAUUCAACAGCAACAACCGCGUUUACCCGAGGAAGAAUACGAAUCGUUUGGAAACUCGAAGAAUCGGAAUACUGAUAGUAAGUCACCCGUUGUGGAGAUGGUAACUCUGAUUCAAAUCUCGUUGAGUUAUUUUAAUUUAUUACAUAAAAACUACCAGACAGAUGGUCUUUUGUGUGAGGAUACUAAGCGAGCUAUAGAUGAAUGGUGGGAGACUUAUGGGAAAUUGUACCUUGGUACAGAAAAGCCAAAAAAUGAGUGCACUUUGGGUCCGACAACAGUAGCUGGCCUAAUUAGUUUGAUCCUUUGUUGCUAUUUCAAAUUGAUGAUAGAAAAUUGCAUUUCCUCUAAGGAUCCCUUUGAUGAAGUUGGAUUCUUUCAAGGUAUUUAUAAUUUCCAAAAAAAGCAUGGUCUGAAUAAACGGAAAUCCAGAGUUUAUUUAGACCCAAGAACGUUGGAGAAACUUUUUGAAGUGACAGCGAAGGUUUCCAGCAAAGACAUUUUCAAACUCAAAAAAAUGGUGACAUCAACCGUACAGGACAUUAUAGGAAAGGGCAACCCUAUUAAUCUGUCACAUAGAAUCCUUACAACAGAUUUAGAUACACUUAUUCAUAAUAUUCAUGGGGGGUCCGUAGGACUAUUAUGGAAAGGUAAGGGUCACCCAAGAAAAUGCUGUACUGAUAUUUCUAAUGAAGAAUUCCUUAGAUUUAACUAUCAGAGAGGUGAUCCUGACAGGCAGAUAAGAGAAAGGGAUAUGUUAUUAGAAAAAGCUCGUUUAGAAAGAAUCGCAUACGCUCAAAAGCACCCCUCGAAGAAGGUUAGCUCUUCCAGUUUUGAUACAUCUGAAGACAUAGAGGGAAUCAAUGCUAUGCCCUCAUCAGCAACUGUGUCGUCAAUGUUCCCAAAUUAUGAUAAUACCAAAUAUGCUUAUAAUUUUGGCAUCAACAAAUUAUAUCAAGGAGAAUAUUACCGAAGAAAUUCGUUUCCCUAUUGCAAAGAUCGCACGCACGACAAUAUUUAUGAAGAUCUUUCAGAGCUGAAAGAAAAGUCAUCUCGUUUAUAUAGAUGCAACUCUUCUUCUACAGUGCAAAACAUAGUGGAAAAGUGGGAUUUACCAUUUGAUCCAUCUGUUGUUCGAAUAGCUAGAGAUUUGUUGCGAAUGAAAUACGAUAUCCAAGCGCAGCAACACAUACAAGAAAUGGACGAGCAUUAUAUGGGUAAAUUGAAUAAAGAGGGAACUGUUGCUCAGUACUCUAAAUUUAACGAAAGAUAUAGAAAAUUGCAGGAGAUGUAUAAGAAGUAUUCAGAUGGUGCAAAAGUGUUCGAGGGGAGGUUUGAAGACAUUGAUAAUAAGCAACAACUUCUUCUCCAUGAGAUGCAAGAGUUGAAUUCCCUAUCAUCUAGAUUGAAGUAUGAUAUGAGGAUAUUGGAAGUUCGUGUACGAGAUAUUGAAAGUAGUGUUGCUCAGUUUGACUCUAAAUUGAUUGGUUUAAAAAGCUCUCUACAGGGGCAGGGUAAAACUGGUAUAUGCUCCGCAAUAGACCCCAAGAGUGAUAAAGACGAAUAUGAAAAGUGCGUAAAUGAUCUGAUGACCACUAGCAACCCCUCCUAUGAGGCUCUCUGUUUAAAGAUGUUAAGUCGCCGUUAUUUCAAAGAAUUAAAGGAUGAUACGAUGGGAUGGUUCAGGUGGUUGUUUGGUAAUAAUUCUCUACACAGUAAUGCCAAUGAUGAUGAUAGAGGAAUACAAAUAUGA